AUGCCUGCCCCUGGGGGCCCUCAAACAAACGGCAAGGCGCACAAGAGUUUAAAAGUCCGCCUUAGGCAGGCCAUUGUGACCAACCCAUGCGACAACAGGCGUUUCAUACCAUGUCAGCAGCUGGAAAAUAUAUGUCAUGAGCAAACGGUAGCACAGGAAUUGGCCAAGGCGUUUCCAGAAGACCUUCCGUUUUCAAGCAAUCCAGAUCUCACUAGACUAUAUUCACAUCGACCUAAUUCAGGAUCCGGUCUGACCUUCCCUAAUGAGGAAGAUCAAUAUGAAGUUAUAGAAGACUUCCUUGAGAAGCAAUGGUCAGUGCUGGUACCAUCUUUCGAGGCUCCCGAAGCUGGGAAUAAGCGCUGCAACGUAUAUAAGCUUCAUGAUAAGACGAUAUUACCAAUCCAAGAGGUUUCUAAAAAGAAAUACCCGGGCGGCUUUGGACUGGUUGAAAAAGUCAAGAUACACAAGGAGCAUAAUGGCUUUCCGCAGAAUCACGAAUAUUUUGCUCUUAAGACUAUGCAUCCGAUGAUACCCGACGAAAGAGACAGGUUCUUCCAGCAGGAGCUAGACGCCUUUCACAAAGCAAGACCCGGCGGUCAUAUCAUUGAAAUACGCGCCGCCUUCAUGAAGGGAGAAAGCCGGGGUUUCCUUUUCCCUUGGGCAGAUGGAGGUACCCUCAACCAUUUAUGGGCCAAAGAUCCACACAAGAUUGUUUCAGACGCAGGAGUACCAUGGUCUGAAUUUAGCCGAUGGAUAUGCAUUCAAUGUCACGGUAUUAUCCGAGAUCUCUGGGCCAUUCACGAACCAUUCGGCAUACAUGUGCCCGCAGGAACCAGCGCCGAGGAUCUCUACGGAAUCCACAGCGAUAUUAAGCCCGACAACAUAUUACACUUCACUGAAAAAAACGGCGCCCCAUUAGGAUUGCUCAAAGUCUCUGAUUUAGGCCUCAUGAAGUUUCACAGGCUCGUCUCUCGAACUGUGCAAUCCAAGUCCAUGGGUAACGCAUAUCAAACUUAUCGAGCACCAGAGCACGACAUGGGCAAAGUGAGAUCCAGGAAGAUUGAUAUAUGGGCUUUUGGCUGUUUAUUUGCCGAAUUUGUGACGUGGGCGAUCGGCGGCGAGAACGCAAUUGAAUUGUUCAAAACGGCGCGGAUCGACGAGGACAAGCGUUUCCCUGAUGAAAAUAAGGGCGAGUGGUCGGAGGAUAACUUCUUCAUCAUGAAAACGAGCCGUUUGACGCAAGUCAAAGCGCCAAAACGCAAGGGUACAGUCGAUGAGUGGUUCUCUGAUCUUACUAAAGAUUUGGGGCCGGAUAUGGCAAACACCUUCUUCCCACAGUUCCUUCGCUUCAUCCAAUCCGCGAUGCUUGAUCCUGAUCGGAAACAUCGAGCAGAUUCCAAGCAAGUCGAGACUUUCUUAGGAAGACUUUUGCAACAAAAUCCACCAGAUAGCCCAUAUUGGCACUUUAACGGCACGGUAGAAUACCCGAAAGCUUACAGUAGGAGCACAACAGGAACCGGUACCUGGUAG